UAGCUCCGAAUCCGAGACAAUGGCAAGCAGAGCAAGCAGUGUCCACGAGAUCCGACGGGAGCGGCGCGCCGAGGGCCCCGCCGUCGUGCUCGCCAUCGGCACGGCAAACCCGGUGAACUGCGUGUCCCAGGAUGAGUACCCCGACUACUACUUCCGUGUCACCAAGACCGAGCACCUCACUGACCUCAAAGACACCUUCAAGAAGCUGUGUAAAAUAACGGGCAUGGGGAAGCGGUACUUCUACCACACGGAGGAACUGCUCGACGCCCACCCCGACUUCCUCCACCGCACAUCCGCGUCCAUCGACGCCCGGCUUGAGAUCGCCGCUCCCGAGCUCGCGGCAUCAGCCGCGGCGAAGGCGAUCGCCGAGUGGGGUCGUCCGGCCACCGACAUCACCCACCUCAUCGUCAGCACGAACUCGGCUGCCCACGCCCCGAGCGUCGACUUCCGCCUGGCCUCGCUCCUCGGCCUCCGCCCCAGCGUCUGCCGCACCAUGCUCCACCUUAACGGCUACUCCGGCGGCUGUGCCGCCCUGCGCCUAGCCAAGGAUCUAGCCGAGAACAACCGCGGCGCGCGCGUCCUCGUGGCCUGCGUCGAGCUCACCGUCACCUCCUUCCGUGGCCCCGACGAGGAGGACUGCUUCGACACCCUCAUCAGCCAGGGACUGUUCAGUGAUGGCGCGGGCGCCGUCAUCGUCGGCGCCGACGCCGUGCGCCCCGUCGAGCGCCCGCUCUUUGAGAUGGUGUCCGUGUCGCAGGCCGUGGUACCGGAGACCGAGCACUUGCUCAACAUGCGGCUCGGGAGCGGCGGCGUCUGCGGCGACGUUUCCACCGAGCUGCCGCGCAUGGUGGGGCACAACAUUGGGCAGUGUCUGCUGGAUGCGUUCGCGCCACUUGGUAUUCGCGUCGAAUGGAACGACCUCUUCUGGGUAGUGCACCCGGGCAGCCGUGGUGUGUUGGACCACAUCGACAUGGCUCUCCGGUUGGAGCCCAAGAAGCUCGCGGCGAGCCGAACAGUGAUGGGAGAGUACGGGAACAUGCUGGGAGCGACGGUGAUAUUCGUGCUGGACGAGCAACGACGGCUAAUGGAGAAGGAUGAAGUUGGGGCACAUGGGUGGGGGGUGAUGGUGGGAUUUGGUCCGGGUUUCACUGUCGAGACGAUGGUGCUCCGUGCAUUAGCAAAUGACCAGAAGGGAAAAUACUAAAUAACCCCAUCAUUCCAAAAUAAUUAAAGUUUUAGGAUUGCCAUAUGUUAAACGUUUUAAAAAAUUGAUCCACGUUCAUAGAAAAAUCUGCAAAGAUUUGUGAUAUCAAAUAUAUAUAGUUUGAAAGUA